AUGCCCGGUCUCACCGCGUCCCCCAACAGCCCCCGUCUCUUUGUCAUGCAACACAACUCCGCAGACGACUUCUUCUCUUUCGCCUACCCUGUCCUUCGUCGCCACGAAGCCUCGUCCAACAUCAUUCUGGCGCACGCCCUCAAGCGCGUCGGUUCCGAGACCGCGCUCAGCGGUCAUUUCCUCUCUCAAGACGAAGUGAGCGCGCGGUUCCCCUCAGUGGCGUCCGACGCGUUCGCCCCCCAACCCACGUCGGGUGCCUUUUGGCUCACCGUUUGGAGCGUCUCGUCUUCGUCGUCGGCGCCUUCCCUCGACCUCAUCCUCGCGUCUAUCGACUGGACGCUCGGCGAGUACCCGAUCUUUCUCUGGACACCCGACCGUACCUCUGCGUCCUCCACCCACUGGCUCGAGCCCCGUAUCCACGCCCUUACGGACCAUUUGAACGCCAUUGUGCCUCCAGAGCGCGUAUUCUCCGUUUUCGGCCUCACCACCCUUGUCAAAAAGUUCUCGCAAGUCUGGUCCCAGAUGACUGGCUUCGCGAUCGAGCCAGAGCCGUUCUACGCGGCGCUCUUCUCGUACUGCACGUCCGAGACGCUCCGGGGCGGCGACACCCCCUUGCCCGAAGGACACCGGCUUCGCAAGGCGGCGAUGGCGGAUCUCGAGCCCGUCGCACGGCUGUGCAAGGAGUUCGCGGACGAUUCGAUCUACUUCCCUCUGACCAUCGAACGCGCCCGGAUAGAGGCACGCGAGCUCAUCGCCAAGGGUCUCCUCUGGGUGUACGACGCCGACGGUGACAUCACCACCAUCUGCGCCGUAACGCGAAACAGCCACCGCGUGUCCGCGAUCACCAAGGUGUACACCACCCCUAGGUGGCGUCGUCGUGGCUGCGCCGAGUUCCUCGUCCGCGACGUGACCGCCCAGCUUCUGCUGGACUUCCGCAAGGACAUGGUCGUGCUUUACGUCGGCCACGAAAACAGCGCGCAGCGCGUGUACGACCGUGUUGGCUUCGCCGGACUUUGCGGAAAGCCAAAGCCUGACGCCAUCGAGGACUCCCUCGAGCUCGGCUUCGUCGGCGCGGACCGGGGACACUGGUAA